AUGGCGAGGCAGGACAGUGCUUGUGGACAGACCGGGCACGGCAUCAACGCCGACAUCCCGCUGCUGGACCACGAACAGCCCAUCCGGGAAUUCUACCCGCUGGACGCGAACGGACAGCUCCUGAUCAACGCCGCCGAGCUGACCGCCGACUUCCAGGGCGUGUCGGUCGUCGUCAACGUCGGCGGCCAGUCGGUCACUCUCUCCACGAACAAGACCUUCGGCGAGUUCAAUAGCCUGGUGAACGCGGCGGACGGCAAUAUUCUCGCGACACGGGCCUGA